AUGGCGUCAGACUCAGACUCCGGCUUCUCUUUCCUUCCCCAAGGUGCCAUCAUCCAGAAAUUCAAAGUCGCCGGCCACAACAUCGUUCUCGGAUAUCCCAACCCAGAACCAUACGCGACCUCACCUUUCUUCGGAGAGACGAUUGGUCGCGUGGCCAAUCGCAUCAAGAACGCCGAUUUCAGGGCCAAUGGCAAACCCUAUAAACUCGCGGCCAACAAUGGGCCAAACCACUUACAUGGCGGCACGUCAGGCUGGGGCAAGAAGAAAUUCAACGGCCCCAAACCGGUGAACCGAAACGGCAAGGAAGGAGUGUUGUUUACCUAUGUCUCGCCGGACGGAGAGGAGGGGUAUCCUGGAACCGUUGAGCUCCGGGUCUGGUAUACCGCGUGGACGGAAGAUGAAGACGGCUUGUCCAAGACGGUCCUGGAGACCGAGUAUGAAGUCGAGCUGAUUGGGUCUGAAUGCGAGGAAACGGUUGUCAACGUCACCAAUCAUGGCUACUUCAACAUCACCGACGGUCCUACCAUUGAAGGAACACAAGUCACACUCCACACAUCCAAACACUUGCCUGUCGACGACACCGACAUUCCUCUGGGUCUGAUCGAGGACUUCCCCGGCAUCGAGGCAGGCAAGCCUUUCGUGCUGGGCGCCACCGAGCCGGACAUCGACCACUGUUUCAUUGUGGACACGGAUGCGGCCGACAUUCCCUUGGAUACGCGACAGAGACCGCUCAAGCCGCUGAUCAGUGCCAACCAUCCCGGCACGAAGUUGCAUUUGGAUAUCUUCAGCACCGAGCCGUCCUUCCAGUUCUAUACCGGCAGGUAUAUCAAUGCUCCGGCCACCGCGGAGACUCCGGCUCGGGGACCGCGGGCUGGGUUCUGUGUCGAAGCCGCCCGCUAUGUCAACGCCGUCAAUGUCCCUGAGUGGCGGAACCAGGUGUUGUUGAAACGUGGCCAACUCUGGGGGUCAAGGACGGUCCACAAGGCAUGGAAAGCAUGA